AUGGAUACUUUUACCAUCGAUAUGGACUUGAAACAAGAUACAACGAUUGAUGUAUUGAAAAUAUUAAAAGCACAUCAUAUUUCAAAAUUAUUCAACGAUUUAUCCGUUGGUGACCAAGCGAAGUUUGAAAACUGUUUAGAGAAGUGGAAAGAGACAUCUACUCCAUUCUUCAAAAGAGAUGAAAUCCAGUUAUCUUCGGAUUCUUCACAGAAAUCGUCGUUUGUUUCCGUAAAAGAAAUUUUAUCAAAUACAUUUAAUGGCAAGGAAAUCCUAAAAUUUUAUUCCAAAAAUGACAUUUUACAUGAGGAACAACGAAAUCUUCUUAUAUCAACUGUAGCUAAAUAUAUAGAAGCUAAUGGGAUACCUUAUACUAUUUCAGAUUGUGCUGAUAUAGAAAACCAGAUAUGCAAUAUUUUCCCGUCAGAACAACUUGAUUUUUACUCUAACGGUAAACGUGGCAAAAUCUAUAAUAAAUUAUCAAAUUUAAAAAGGCUUUCGAAAGACAUUUUUAAAGAAAAAUCAUCGCCGGAAGAAGAUAAAACGUUCGAACCAGAAGAAAAUGUGGCCGUCACAUUGCAGUAUUUAAGACUACCUACAAUUACUGCGGACGAGUUUGACUUGUACUGGCGCAAAUGUGCCCGUUACCGUUUAAAACAGAUUUCAGAAUCUAAAAGUACUGCCGAAAUUUUUCAGAUGUGGCCUGAAUACAAAAAGCCUUCUGGUUCAAAUCUAAUUAAUAUAGACUUUGAACUGAAAUUUCCUUUCGCCAAACAAUUUUCUGAAAGAUGGUUAUGCUAUAAAGAUAAAGUAAUCUACUUGCUACAAAGUAAGAUCAGCAACCUUAUAUUUAAAAAAAAAAUGCAACAAAUACAUACAUUUAAUGAAGAAUCUGUAGUUUUAACAGUACUUUGGAAUAUACACCAUUUAUUUCCUCCAACACAAAAAGUCACCUCGGACAUGAGUGGGGCAAAAAUUCGCAAAAAGUUUUCCGUGCUGGAUUCACAGGAAAGUUUUGCAAUAUUGGCAGAAUCCGAAGAAGAAAUUGAAAUAAAAUUAAAACUUCUUAUGCUUCAAGGGCGUAAUAUCCAGCCCAAAUUAUUAAUUUCUGGCAAUUUAGAGGAUAUUAAAUCAAUAUUUGUUUACUUCGAUGGCAAUAAGUAUCCAUUUUUAACUAUUGUAAAAGCAUUCGAUUUACUUUUUAAAAUAUUUUUUGUUUUUAAUCUUCAGUUUCCCGAGGAAUCUGAAAUAUUUUAUAAUUUUAUUCAAGAUUUUUUUUAUGACAUGCCCACUAUAUUUCAAAACAAAAUAAGAAAUUCGUUUUUAUAUUGUGAUAAAUAUAGUGUUUUCAUCACGGAGUUAUUAACUUUUAACGCGGCUUUUACGUCGUGGCCCAUUAAAUCAACUGUUUUGGCACUUAUAUCCAACGAGUCUUAUGCAGUCAAUGAAACUGUUACAACGAUUGCACUCAACAAUGCAUAUUUGGCCUUUGCGAACUUGACCCAAAGUAACAUUACUGCGCAUACUACAAUUGCAGCAACAUACUCAACCCCCACACUUUUACUAUCACCAUCAACAACAUUCCCAACCGCAACUAGUAGCAGCACCAUCUCCAGCAAUGUCACCCAACAACGUCAGUCUACGCGCAGCAAUGCAUUCGAAGUACCCAUAUGGUUGAUUCUGUGUUACAGUGUAAUAUUACUUUGCGCCAUUGUUGGCAACCUGUUGGUUAUUUCAACACUCGUACAGAAUCGUCGUAUGCGUACCAUUACAAAUGUAUUCCUACUUAACCUUGCCAUCUCUGACAUACUGUUGGGUGUCCUUUGUAUGCCAGUAACCCUGGUGGGUACAUUACUGCGGCAUUUUAUAUUUGGAGAAUUUUUUUGUAAACUGAUACAGUUCUCGCAAGCUGCAUCUGUUGCCGUCUCCUCAUGGACACUUGUGGCAAUAUCCUGUGAACGCUACUACGCUAUAUGCCAUCCGUUACGUUCGAGACGUUGGCAGACCCGAAGUCAUGCGUACAAAAUUAUAGUGUGUAUUUGGUGUGGCAGCAUGCUGUGCAUGUUGCCAAUUGCAAUGUUCAGUCAGUUGAUGCCAACAAGUCGACAGGGUAAGUGU